GCCUCCGCUGGCCUUCGAAAUGGGCUCGACUGCUAAGCCUUGAUUUCUUCAAAUUGUUCGCCGAAUUAUUUCAACUUUUUCGUCACGUACGUGAAGAAAAGUGUGUUCGCGAUGACAUGUGGAGGUGAAUUGGCAGAGGAGGUCAGCCCCGUGAUUUUAGAAGUGCUUUGUGUGUGGGCUGAUCGGCUUGCAGGUGUCACCUCCUGUGCAGUACAGUAAAGCCACUCACUUGGUCACGCAGAUUGCAAUGAAACCAGCUCAGGAGCGCAACCAGGAGUGUCUGCCUCCCAAGAAGAGGGACCUCCCACACAGCAACAGCAGUGGAGCUGGAGGGACUGGAGGAGGUGGGGCUGCAGGUGGAAGCGGUGCCAGUGGAGGUGGAGGUGGAGGUGGAGGUAGUGCUGGUGGUGGUGUUGGAGAAGAGGAGGUGGUUUCCAUCCAGAACUCUGCAGCCAACAGUGAAACUCAGGGAGGGAACCCAUCUGGAGAGUGGCUGCGAGCUCAGCCAGGGCUUCAUUAUGGAGUGGAAAAUUCUGAUGGUAUACCAGCAGUGCCCGUUGACCAGUACAGUAUGCUCUACAAAGUGGCUCUUCCAUCUGCCUCCUACUCACCAACCAGUCUUCACCCGGUGUUGAGCCACAUUUCUCCAGCCUACACGGUUCAUUCUUCUCUCCUGCAGCAUCCAGGCCUUCCCUAUCCUCCUCUUAGUUACGCCCAGAUCCCUCAUUCCUCUCUACAGUUUGUUAGUUCCCCUUAUGCAGCCGUACCAUAUGCUCUAACCCAAGGUUUCGUCCCUGGAUCAUUGAUCUCUCCUUCAGGCACGAUCCCCCAGCCCCACUCUGUAUCCCAUCUGGUUCCUUAUCCAUCAGUUAUACAGGAAGGUGUCGUUUCUCCGCCUCCUCAGGCUCAGGUAGCUGCUCAUACCUUUGCCAAGGUUGCAGCAUCGAGUGGCGUGCCGAUGAUGCUGCCUCCAGAGCAGGCUGCCCCGCAGCACCUCGGCACUGUAGGAGUCCUACCCGCAGCCGAGCUCAGCUCUCGGGGGUUGCCGAUCUUCUACCACCCUCAGGGCGCCAGGGCGGCCAUUGCCACUCAAGAUCUACACAAUGCUCGGCAGGAGAGUGAACCAGAGAUGAAUGGAAGGGAUAAAGAGCAGGGAGCGAGGGAAGUCUUUCCCGACUCGGUCUACGCUGCCAGAAAUGCUCGUCUACUGCAGGUAGCGCAGGAACACAACCAAGACCGAGGCCUGCAGAACCGGAGGCUGGAGGAGAGGAACUCGCCCGGUCAGCGCAGCACUCCAGACAGCGACCUGGAGGUGCAGCAGGUGGUGGGUCGCAUGGCUUCCUCCAGCCAGGGUGGUGGUGGAGUGCGUAAGGAGGUCUCCUUUGCUCCGUUGAACCUCUCUCAGGCAGCACAGCGAUGCAGAGAUGUCGACGCAGAGAGCGCAGCCAUGAGUUCCAGCCGCGCUGCGUACGCGCUGCAUCCUGCGAGUUACAGCGACCCCAGAGUGACCGCGCUGCAGCAGCAAACGGGACAACAUGCAGUCGUGCUUGCCAAUGCGCAACCGGUGCUUAUUCCCCUGGAGUAUCACCCGCAGCAUCAGCCCCAAGCGCUGCAGCAACACUACGCAGAACUGGCUAACGAUGCCUCAGCCAGCCACGCCUCCACCACCGUGGCCUCCGUCAACCCAAGCUUUAAACCCUCUGACUCUUCAGCCAGACUGUGCCUCGCUGAAAGGCCGGAGCCGCCCGCUGCUCAUCAGCAGCUCUCCCAGCAUCCUCCUGUCCAGCCCACAGCAGAGGUGACUCAGGCCUUAGCGUCGAGCCUAACGCCUUCGUCAACCUCCUGCAACUCAUCACAUUUCAUGAAGGGGGCCAUUAUUCAGCUGGCUACAGGGGAACUGAAGCGCGUGGAAGACCUGCAGACUCAGGACUUUGUGCGCAGCGCAGAGGUGAGCGGCGGGCUGAAGAUCGACUCCAGCAUGGUCGUGGACAUCCGUGCCUGUCAGCAGAGACCGGGUCUGGUGUCGCUUCACUUUACCGUGGGCGAGCAGCAGAGCAAAGUGGCCAUCGACGUUCCCCCGGAACACCCCUUCUUUGUGUUCGGACAGGGCUGGUCGUCCUGCAGCCCCGAGCGCACGGCCCAGCUCUACGGCUUGUCCUGUCAUCACCUGCAAGUGGGAGAUGUGUGUGUGUCCAUCACCCUGCAGCAGCAGCAGCAGCAGCAGCAGCAGCAGCAGCAGCAAAAACAACCACAGCACAAUCACUCACAGCAGCAGCAGCAGCAGAAUCUGUCGAGGACUUUGAGCAAAACCAACGCUACAUCAGGACCUGGUCACCAGCUGAUGGGACCUCCUGCCCCUCAGCAGUCACGGCCUCAGUCUCACUUUAGGAUAGACCGCGUCCACAGAGAGAGACAGAGGGACGGGGAGAAAGACGUGGCCGACAGGGAGGAAGCCACACACUUAGGGGUAGUUAGCCACACUGAGUCGCCCGUCAGACCAAGCAGGACCUCAGCAGAGCAUCCUCGGAGCCAGAGCAGUUUCCACUUACACACAGAGGGCUCUGUGUUUGCUGGGGCAGGGAUGGGAGCAAUGCAUGCUGCUCUCGGUGCUUCUCAGAGGCGCUGGUCCUCACCUGGCCUCCAAAGAUUCAAUAUGAAGGGAGACGAAGGUCCGCGCCCUCAGAUGAGCACCUCCACCCACAUAGGGCCCUCCUUCAUCCCCCAGGAGGUCAAACUGUCCAUCGAGGGGCGCUCUAACGCAGGGAAGUAGCAUCACGUUUGGUAGCAACUAUAAAAGAGACUGCCAUAGGUAAGAAUGAGUCUGACGAGGAGAGAACGAGGAGAAUCAGAGUGUGAAUGUAGCCUCAGAAUGUUUGAGAUUUUGCACACCGAAAAAAUACAAGAUCGUUCUCAAACUACUGAGAAGUUCUGGUUCUGGUUUGGUUUUUUCUGUCUCGCAGCCAAAGGAUUGGAGCCAGUGCUGUUCACGCCAGCCGAGGUCUGACAGCGACACGAGAACGCCGAGUAGACGUAUGUAGCUGAUGAAAUGCCGACCAUAGUCCUCACACACUGCAUUUCUCUUCCUCCCUCCUUUGUUGCCACUUCCUCACAACCCAGCUUGGAGGUUACUAUCGUGUUCUGAACACUCUCGCUUCCUAUUUGAAGAAUAACAAAGGCAGCCAUCAUUGAUCUGCAUCUCUAGGAUCUCAUUUCUCUGAAAAGCAUUUACCCAAAAAUGAAAAUAAAGAGAGAGUUGCCGACCUUGGCUGCUCUCGCGGUGAGAUGUCGUCAGUGUUUGUUACACUUUGCUUCUCCAGGAAUGAAAUUCUAACGUGUCGCGCUCGUCUUACAAUCAGAAUAGUGAUCAAUCAAUCAAUCAAUCAAUCAAUCAAUCAAUCAAUAAUCCAGAGUUUCUUUCUCAACUGCAAUCACUUCCCACUCCAAACACAAGUUUUCAUUACAUGCUAUGUGUGUGUGUUCAUAAACGCCACAGAUUGGAACUCUGAGGUCACACAAAUAUCAGCAUUCCAGUCUCAUCAUGAGUGAGAUUCUCGUGGUCCAUCAUGUCCGUGAGCAGCCCGGUGACGUUGAACGCUCCUCUGAACACUGUCACUGAUGCAGGAAGCAGCGACACGUGGUCCUGGCUGCGGCCCGCUUUAACCCAAACCCCUGGAGAAGUGAGACCAGUUAAGUCUCUUCAUUCU